AUGAGAGGGUUUGCAGGAAGUAGCCAGAGAGAUGAGAAGACCAGAGACCUGAUGAUCAAGACCAGCAAGAUGGCUGGCCACGCCCCCCCCAAUGCUGCCCACUGCCUUGCCCCACAGGUUACCUUCCAGCAGAUCUGUAAGGAUGUGCACCUGGUGAAGCAUCAGGGGCAGCAGCUUUUUAUUGAGUCCCGGGCCCGGCCUCUGCCCCGGCCCCGUGUCCCUGACCCAGAGCUGGAGGUGGCACCUGCUCUGAUCCAGGCCCCACUAGCCUUGGCUCCUGAGGAGGCUGAGCGGAAAGAAGCCUCCAGUUGCUCCUACCAGCAGAUCAACUGCCUGGACAGCAUCCUCAGGUACCUGGAGAGCUGCAACCUCCCCAGCACGACCAAGCGCAAAUGCACCUCCUCCUCGUCCUGCACCGCCUCUUCGGCCUCCGACGAGGACAGGCAGCGGACGGGCGUAGUCUCUGCGGGGGCCCAGAAAGAUCCAUCGGCAGUGCUGUCUGGGGAGGGGGCCGCCCCUCUGAAGGAGCCGGUGGUGGGAGGAGGCGCCCUGAGCCCGCUCGCCCUGGCCAAUAAGGCGGAGAGCGUGGUGUCCGUCACCAGUCAGUGUAGCUUCAGCUCCACCAUCGUCCAUGUGGGAGACAAGAAGCCCCCAGAAUCGG